CUUGUUUUUUAGAGACAGUUCUUACACCAACAGAAUAAAUAUCAGGAGCCUGUUUCAACAUCCAGAAGUUCAGCCCUUCACCUAAACCAGACCCUGUGGCACCAUGCUCUGCUCCAGACUCAGCGCCUCACUGUUGCUCGCAGCAACAUGUCUACUCACUGCUUCAGGCUCAACGAACAGCAACAACUGUUUGAUUGUGGCCCCCCUGUCCACACACAGGGUGAUCACCUGUGAUGACACCAACAACGUCCAGCGCCUCCGCUGUGAGGAAGGACUGAUUGGUGUGGAGUCAGCUCUGUAUGGACGUUCAGACAGCGAGACCUGCGGUGAGGGCAAAAGUGUAAACGAGCUGUCCAAUACACAGUGCUCUGAGGAUGGCACUGUGGACAUCCUCAAGACAAGGUGUGAUGGCCAGAAAGUUUGCGAAUACAAAAUAGGUGAAGUCCGUCCGAAUGAUCCCUGCACUGGCACCUACAAAUACCUGAACACCACCUUCUCCUGCUUUCCAGUUGUCAACACUGUUGCAUGUGAGAACUCUUUGGCCAUCCUGCAGUGUGAUCAAGGGAAGGUUAUUUUUGUGUACAACGCUGAUUUUGGACGCACGGACCAGACCACCUGCUCUUACCAACGUUCUGCUGGUGAUGUCCAAAAUGUGAUGUGCUCCGGUCCCACUACCAAAGUGGCUGACAGCUGUAACGGGAAAAACAGCUGCUCUAUCAAAGCAAGCCACACAGUGUUCGGAGACACCUGUUCUAGCACUUACAAGUACCUGGAGGUCAACUACAGAUGUCAAUAUCCUGCAAUAACCGCUCCCUAAAACCAAAAUGACAUCACAGUAUACAUGCUUGGAAUGAAGUAAACUGGUUCGCAGUACCUUUUGAUACAUUUUUUGUACUGCAGUUUCAUUUAUCUCUUUUUAUUUACUUCCAUUGAACUGUAAUUCUUUAUGUUUAAAAAUUACUGUUCGAAUAAACUUGUCUUGCAUUGA